CUCAGUAUUACUGUCAUAACAAUGAAGAUCCGUUUGAUAAAUCUUCGAAGAAAAUAAUAAAUAUCGAAUAAAAACGGUAAAAAGUGUAAUGAAGAGAGGAUAAUCCAAUGGAAAAAUCAUGGAGAAUAACGAGCAUUCACGUAAAGAAACGAGCGAAGGGCCUUCAGAUCACACCCUAGGCAGGUAUUUUGAGAACAAUACGCCCACAGUAUUCGACGAGAUAGUCUCGACUCACCGAGUAGACAAUCCACUGCCUUCCGUGAUCGACGACCCCACCAGCGACCUGGAGUUGACCUCCAACUUCUUGAAGAACGAUCACAUGUUCGAGAUCGAGAGGCCCUCGGACCUGAACGUGCCUGACUACCACAGAGAUGCCUGGAUUCCCUCAGAAUCCACCAGGAAAAUCCUGCUUUCAAUCGCGACAUCACCUCCUGGGACUAGUCUGCCUAAUCGCGAGAACCUGACGAUGCCCGGACUCACCCUCCAAGGGGACAUCCUGGACGCCACCAAAGAGGCUUCAAUUCAUUUCUACGGGGAGGAGGAGCACAUGCACAGGAACGUGUUGACAGCCUCAGACGUGACGCAGGACGAGCGAGGGCUCAGGAAUCUCAUCCAGGCCGGGUGCUACAGAGCUGCUGUCAACUUGUCUGGAAGACUCCUCGGAAUUUAUGGCCAGGGCUUCGGGAAAAUCGAUCAUCCCAGCAAGCACACCCCCCACUCGCUGCAGCUGUGGUACACGAGACUGGCUCUUCUCACGAAAUUGGGGCAGACUGAGGUGCUCAAGACGGAGGCCCAAGCCUUCGGGAAUUUGGAUAAACCUGACAUGUACUUCUCGUUUCACCCAGAACUUUAUGGGACUCGACAUGGCUCCAUGGCGUCGUUCUCAUUUAGACUGCUUCUGGCUGAAAUUCCUUCAUUCUGCGGGAGCCCGAGGGAAUCUCUGGACAAUUUGUACGCUGUUUUGUCGACUGUUAAUCAGAUUCUGAGGAAUUUAGGGGAGGGGCUGUCUGAGGAAGGAGGAGCAGCCAAUUGUUCUGUCGUUGAGCGACAGGACUCGGUGAAAUUGUGGUCCAGGAGGAAAUCUAAGGUACUGGUUUCGAUCGUCAAUUGCGCACUUGUUGCCAAGAAUUUUGUUCUGGCUAUUGAGGUACUCGAGGACAUCUGCCAGUUCCCAGACUGGCAGAAAGACCAGUUGGAGAUUUUUAAGUUGGCUCUGGGGAGAUUGCACCUGUUCCUGGGGGACAUACCCGCAGCCGAGGGGAAAUUAGUCACCAAGGAUGUCUCGACGCACACCCCAACUACUAGGGAGUGGGUCAAUCGAGGCCUCAUGGCGGUGACUCAGAACGCAUUCCAGGAGGCUUAUGAUUGCUUUCAGAUGGCACUGAAUGCCGAUCCCUCCAAUGUCAUGAUCGUCAAUAACAUGGCUGUCUGUCUCUUGUACACUGGUAAACUUGAGGCCGCUGUGCAAUUGCUGGAGAAUGCUGUCACGAAGAAUCCUAUCAAGAAUCUUCAGGAGUCGAUUAUUUUGAAUAUGAGCACUCUCUAUGAACUGCAUACCACACAUUGCAGGCAGUCCAAGUUGCAACUGCUCAAGCAGAUGAAUAGGUAUAAGGGAGAUGCCACUGAUAUACAGUGUCUCAAACUUGUGUAAUUUAAAUUUUAUGGAAUAAAUUAUUUUCAGAUGUUGAUGAUUGAUUUUA